AUGGAGAUUGAACAUGAAAAGUUGCAAAAAAAGAGAGUUGCAAUUAUUGGAGCAGGUGCUAGUGGAAUUCCUGCUGCUAGAGAAGCUCUUGACCAUGAUUGGCUUCCUUUUGUGUUCGAAUCUUCAACAGAUAUUGGGGGUCUUUGGAGAUACAAACAAUAUGAGACUGAAGGUAAAGAGCUUAGACUUAUCGGCAAUAUUGAACCUGACAAACCCCAUUCUUUUCUCCCUAAGUUUCUUCCUAUAUAUGUACAUUACUUGCAGAAUGGUCAGACUUCUUCCUUCAAUUUUCCUUCCAUCCAAGGGGGACUUAAAAUUCCUUUUGUUUGUAGGCAAAAUAAAGGAGGGCAAUUGGGAUGGAAGAAAGGAAAAGUCUGA